GACUGAAAUCAAAACACUAUUGUGAAUAUAUUGUGUUGAUAUUUGCGACAUGUGAUAGCUUUCUGUUAUGAUUACGUGUCCUCUUCUCAGAUUUACGUCUGAAUAAGAAGAAUAUUUAUUCAUCACUUCCUCAACUUUGCCCUUUUGGUUGGAAAUCGGCGCACGGGUUUCUUUAUGUAAUGAAAGAUGUCUAUGAUACUUCGAGCUUCGAGUUUACUGCGAAGAGGGAAAACUGCGUUUUCAGCCGCUAAGCUAUCGUCUAUUUCGACAAGAUCACGAAAGGUAUAAACUGUUGUAAGAUUUAUUUCAUUCUAGUGUUGCGAAUUUUUUCUGAAGUACUUUGAGAGGCGCGCGAUCUUCUGAUAUUUUGCAAGAUAUCAUUGGACCACGUAGCAAAGAUCGGUCAUGCCAUACAAUCUACCCCAAGGCAGAUCGUCUCCCUCAUGUGCACGUGCAUUCGAUCGUCAGAUUAAAAUAAGCAAAGAAAUUUAAUUUGCGUGUUGUCCGAAAACUCUAACAGGUAGCUCUGUUUCGCAAUUGAGCGCUUUAAACGUGAAUUCUAAAUAGAAGAAUAUAGUGAAACUUUUUGGAGUUAACCUCGUGAUCUUUGCUGCAUGUGAUAGCUAGUCUGACGACAAUAAUUUUUUUUUUAAUACUCCUUUGGGGGUAUUAAAUGAUCUUAGUAGUAAAGAAUAUCUGCAUAUUUCUUUUAGUUGAACAAAGAGUGUUAAUUCUCAGAUAAAUUGAGAAUAUUCGACAUAACUUAUGAGGAAUAAUAUCCAUAAAAAAGGAUAACGAGCAAAGUUUUACUAAAAACAUUUUUAAGGGUUUUAUUAUCUAUGGAUGCUUGCUAUUUCAUUAUUUUAACAGACACACCCUAGGACCAUGAUGAAGAACAAUAACCUUUUUUGAAGCCCUCUUAUUAAUUUGCGAACAGUUUUUCUUAACCAUGGAUGGAGUAUAUUUUUGAUCAUUUCUGUUUGUAAAGAUUUAUUAUUCUUGGACAAGAAAAAUUUAUCCCAUUUCUUUAUCCAAUUAUGGUGUUUCCUUGAAUAAGCACCCGUGCUCCAAUAAGAGCCCUCUCCCAAAUGAGAUACCACCCCCCAGGCAAUAAUAAUAACAAACAAGCACCCCACGCCUUCCUCCCACACUUUCUUAGAUGGUGGGCAUACAAGGAAGACCUGUCUCUAUUGCUGCUUUAUUUAUAGCUUUUUAAGCUUCAACUACAGCAAAAUCAGUACAGCUUAAUAAUUACUUAAUAAGCAUCCUUCCAAAAAGUGCCCUCCCUUUACCUGAAAUUUUGAAUAAGCGUCCACACACUUAUUUAAGAUACGUAUGGUUGCUAUGGAGAUAUUAUUGAAGAAUUGUCAAUGUUGACAUUGUAAGAGUUACAAAUGUCAUCUUCAUCCUUAGUUCCACAUAAUUUUCUCCAUAUUAUGAAUUUCUAUGAACUUUUCUCCUCUCAGAGUUUGUCGGCAUCAUUGGUUCUAGAGGAUGGAACUCGCCUUAAAGGAUAUUCCUUUGGUCAUGGCAAAUCUACAUCUGGAGAAGUGGUCUUUAAUACCGGUCUGACUGGGUUAGUUUUUUUUACGUAUCAUAUAGAUUUUGAUUAACAUACAAUGGAGCAUGUCAGGGAGAAGUCCAGAGAGUUCACAACCCUCCUCCCUCCCCCCUCCCCCCCUCUUAAUCAAAUCUGUGUGUCUUCUCCCUGCUUGUUGGAAACCAAAAUUCUCAAAAAGACAGAAUCAUGUAUUACUUCUCAACUUAAAGUACGUGAAAUUUUCCUUACUUAAAUUAUUAUUCCUCAGCUUAUUUAGCGUCUAGUGUAACAGUGAAAAAAAAAACAAUACCAGUUAACCCCUGUGAAACAGAUUUUAUUCACCAGGUAACCAGAACAAGAAAAAUUUUACUACAAAGACUCUAAGCUGCUCUUUUCCAUAGAAUAUUGAUUUGUACAAGUAAUACUGCUCAAAAUGUUAUCUUCUUCUGAGGCCAAAAUCAUACUUCUCUUGGCUAGUCACCAGAUGGUCACUUUGAAACAAGUUAAGCGUGGAGCACUGAUUGAUGACAUUUGAAUGUUCUUUUAAAAAAAUGAAACAAAUGAAAAAUUUAUAAAAACAAGCUCUGAAAGUAAGCAAAGCCUCUUUUUAUUUUAUCAUUAGAAGAUCGUAGAUCAGAGGUGUUCUUGUCAGAAUUAAUGGAAACCUUUUUGUAAACAAUUUUCUUUCUUUAAAAUCUGCAGAUACCCUGAAGCACUCACAGAUCCAAGUUACAGAGGACAAAUACUGACCCUGACUUACCCUAUAGUGGGAAAUUAUGGUGUGCCAAGCACAACAGAGAGAGAUAAAUAUGGAUUAUUAAAACAUGUGGAAUCAGAAAACAUACAGGUACGAUUGGUAAUUUAGUGAGAUCACUUAUUUGCUAUGUCUUCCUUUCAUUUUCAAACCAUUCCUUUGGAAAUUAAUUAUUUUGCAUUUGUUUGUGUGUUUGUUUUGUUUUUUCUUUUCAUCAGGUGUCUGGAUUGCUUGUUCAGGAUUAUUCUCAUAAUUACAGUCACUGGAAUGCAGUGAAGUCACUUUCAGAAUGGUUGCAAGAAGAAAAGGUAUUGAUAUUUAUUUAUUUAGUUAUUAUAGGUACUUAAUUUGAUAAGCUCAGGGACUGGUCAUUACUUGUGAAGAGGGGUGAGGGAAAAAAAAGGGGGGGGGGUCAAGGUUAUUUAAAAUUGGCUUGAAAAACUGGUCACUGGUCUACACAAUGAACUUAUUUUGGGAUUUAGUAGGUUGGUUCCAUUGUUAUGAAAAGUAAUCAUCUUAUGGAUGUAUGUGACAUGAAUUUUAAUUGUUACUAAGCAUAUAAUAGAAGAUAUUAGGUGAUGGGUGGGGGGGGGUCAUAAAAUAGGGCAGGGGAGGGGGGCCUAUAGAAAUUUUGAUCUUUUUCUUUUUCCCCCCCCCCCCUUUCUACAUAGGUAAUGACCAGGUGCUUAGGUAUUACUUACUGAGAUGAGCCUGUCAUUCAUCUGUGCAUUAAAGUAAUGAUAUAAAUAUGUGUUCCUUGAUUUAAAAUAGAUUCCAGCCUUGUAUGGAGUAGAUACAAGAAUGUUGACCAAAAUCAUAAGAGACAAGGUAUGCUGCAAAAAUUUCCAAAUUUCUUUGUAUGCAAAGACAUUGACCACACAUGUCCAAUGUAGUUGUAGAAAUCAAGUUGGUUUUGACUACAUUAAAAGAUAUGAAGAGGAAAAGUGACCUAAGUUGUUCCUGGUUUCAUCUUUACUUUGGGUGACAGCAGGAUGGAUAGUUUCCCAUUUGCUAAUACUCCAUAGACUUACUUUGACAGGGUCUCUGUGUUCUGUCCUUUGGAGUUUUUGUGUCUAUGUAAGAGUCCAACUUCAUCCGCAGAAGAAAAAUUUUCUGAUUUUGACAGCAUCUGGCUAUAGUAGCCUCAACUCUAUGCUAGGUACCAUCUUGUAAUUUAUAUGCAAAAGUUUUUGGGGUUUAUUUCAUAUCAGAUGUUAUUUUUGCUGGUUUUCAGGGGACCAUCCUUGGUAAAAUAGAAUUUGAAGAUCAGCCUGUAGAAUUUGUGGAUCCUAAUAAGAGGAAUUUGACGGCUGAAGUUUCUGUCCAGGUUUGGUAUUCUUUCCACCCACUUCAUUCUAUAUUACUGACUGAUUUCAUGUAUGAAAGGAACCUACAGAUCUCAUUUAAGAAUUAUUUUCCAUAGCUUCAUCAAUUAGUGUAUUCCUCUCUUUUUACAAGCCCCUUCUUCUGUGGCAUUUUCCAAAUCAAUCUCAGUAUCUGAACAACUGCACACCUACCCCUCCCUAAUGUUGUAAUUGGGUUAGGAGAGGGGUAGGUGCAGAGUUGCUCAUAUGCAGACAUUGAUCCUAUUUUCUCCUCCAUUGCCUGACACCUUACCCCACCUCUGUGCAGUUACUCCUAGGUGGUCCUUAACUCCUCAUAUUGCCCGUGGUCUCACCUCUGUCAAUCUCCUCAUCUAGAACCAGUUGCCCCAUCUGUUACCUUUUUGUUAGGGAAAAAUCUAGGGUAUAAAGUCUGUAGGUGGGGCCCAAGUAGUGCCCCCCCCCCAGUAAGAGUGUAUCCCAGUUUCCCUAGCAUGAAGCAACUAGAAGUAUCAAUCACUACUCUCCCCUAGAUGAAAAUCCACUGCAAGGUAACCCCACACUCCCCAGUAUUUCAUGAGGCUUCCCUGACGGUUUGCAGGUACCCAUUGAUACUCCUUGGUAGAGAAAGACACUGUGGGAGUGAAGUAUUUUGUCCAAGAACACAACACAAAGGGCCCUUUACCCAGGUCUCAAACUCAGACCUUUCAGAGUCCUGGGCACUAACAACAAGGCCACAGCAUCUCCCACUCCACUGGAAAAGGAUCACUUACCCUUGAAUCAUUUUGGCAUAAAAUUAGUCAUAACUAGUAAAUGAUAACAAAUCACUUUUUUCUAAUUACCCUAUCCUUGAAUUCUUCUUCUCCAAUCCACCUGCUUUCCUCUGAUCACUAUGCAUUGCAAGAAAUUAAAGAUUGAUACUGAUUUUGUUUUUUCAGGAAAAACAAAUUUUUGGUGAAGGAAAUCCAUACAAAGUCAUAGUUGUUGACUGUGGUAUAAAACAGAACAUGAUCCGACACUUAGUCAUGGUAUGUAAAGUUACAGAAUGGUAUGGUUUAUGUUCCAGUCUCCCACAGAAAUGUCUGCUUUUAAACACUUGUGUCCCAUCUCAGACAAUAGGGUCCAAAUUUAUACCAUAGUGUCUGAUUUCAGACAGUUAUGUCCCAUUUUAGAUAAUAGGGUCUUAUUUUAGACACUAAUGUCAAUUUUUGAUGCAGGUGUCCAAAACUGACUACAAGUCUCUGUUUUGGAUGUAAUUGUCCAAGAUAGGACACUAAUGUCAAGUUUUGAACACUAGUGUCAAUUUAGGACACUAUUGUCCAAUUUUAGACACUAAUGUCUGAUUUUAUGAACUAAAGUCCAAUAUUUGAAACUAGUGUCUGCUUUUAGACACUUGGGUCUGAUCUUAGACACAAGUGUCCAAUUUUAGACACUAAUGUCUGAUCUUAGACACCAGAGUUUUAAAUGCAAUUUUAAACAAUGUGGGUCCAAUAUAAGACACUGGUGUACAAUUUCAAAUGCAAGUGUCUGGUUUUAGAUUCUAGUGUUUGAUUUCAGACACAAGUGUCUAAAAUGCAACUUAAGACAUUGGUGUCUGAUUUUAGAUGAUAGUGUUCAAUUGUAUGCUAAAGUGUCUGAAUUUUGGCACUAGUGUCCAGUUUUAUACCCUAUUGUCCAAUUUUGGACUCUAUUGUCCCAUUUAAGACAUCACUGUCCAAUCUUAGACUCCAGUGUCCAAUUUAGGCACUAGUGUCUGACUGUAGAUACUGGUGUCUAAUUUAAGACAUUACUGUCCAAUCUAAGAUGCUGGUGUCCAAUGCAGGCACCAGUAUCCAGAUUUUAGACACUAGUGUUUAGACUCUACUGUCUGGUUUUAUACUCUAAGGUUCCAAUUUUAGACACUACAGUCAGAUUUUAGACACUGUUAUUUGAAUAAGCAGUGACACCUUAGUUAGAAAUUAGAUGCUCAUUACUCUCAGGUGUUAAACAGUUAAGGGUUUGACCAAGCCAUGUCUUCAUGUGCUUUGCUUCUGUAGAGAGAUGCAGAAGUUCACUUGGUGCCUUGGAAUUAUGACUACUCUGAGGAUAUCUAUGAUGGUUUAUUUAUUUCCAAUGGGCCCGGUGACCCUGCCAUGGUAUGGGAUGCUGUUCUGAAUCUGCGCAAGGUUUGGUUGUCUUUUUAUAUUGACACUAAUGAACUUCUCUCUCUGCUUCACCCUUUCAAUCCCAUUCCAUUUCAUUUGUAAUUCUUCUUACUGUAUGCCAUACAAUUCAUGUGAUGUUUGUUCAGAGAAUUUGGUUUUGGAUCAGCUAAUAAUCCCCUAAUUGUUAUUAUUCUUUACUCUCAACGUUUAUCUGCUUGAUAAUGUAAGAAAUUUUGCUGUGAUCACUCAAAGGAGUUAAAGGGUGAAGUAAAUUUCCAAGGCUGUUGUACGGGUGACCAUCAUGCUGUAAUGUAUUUGUUUUUUGUCCUUUUUAACUCGUGAAUUGCGCGCAUGCGCAAGAGCGAGUUAUAGAUACGAUGUGGGGAAUGGCAUUCCUCGCUCGCUCGCUCGAUUGGUCGAUUCCUGUAAACUUUUUUUAGAUUUUAGGCUUUUGAGUGCAUUUGAUAGUUUUUGGCGAGCAAUAAACAGACGAAAUGGCGACCUUUGUUGCUAAGAAUAGUGGUGGGGUGAAAAAGAAGCCAAUGAUAAUCUUAAAAGAGUUUUUUUUUUUCGUUUUAGUUUCAACAAGCGGCGCCAGCGACUGGCAGGCAUGCAAGGAUUCACACUGAAAUAACAGAACAACCUUCGUUUUUCAUAAAAUUGUAAUUUACAAUCCUUGAACUUGAAAACAAUCCGAAGAUUCAUUGAAAAUAUCACUUACUGCGAAGCGCUCGGAGUUUACAGAUGUUCAAAAGCUUUUUCUGUUAUAGCGUGAGAUUGAGGACAAAAUUGAUCAUUACGUUUCGUCGCGUGUGUUUUUCCUGUGUGAAGCAACAAAAGAUGCCGGCGACUGACGAAAUAACAAGUUAACACGAAAAUCAGAUAACACCUAAACAAACAAUUUUAGCUACCGAUUUUCAGUGAAUUUUUAAAGAACAAUUUUCUUUUAAGUUUCAAGACAAUUUGAAGAUUCAACAUACAUACAACGUACUAAAAUGCGAAAGUUACACACCACAAAAUUGAUAAAUAGGCCUGAAAUGAAAUUCUAUCUUGUUAUUGAUCAUACGUUGCCUAGCACGUGACUUAAAUCUACCCAGGCGGAGAUCCAAAAUGACGGUGGCAGGCUUGGCUUAGUUAUAUCACUCAAAACUCGUUCCCGUUUGUCUCAUUUGAUAAAGAGGGAAUCGUUAAUGUUUUCAUUAAGACAGUAUUGCCUUGAUUUUCUAAUAUUUACAACGAAAGACAGUAAAUUUCACUUUUCACCCACAUUUACUUCCAACCUUUUCUUUUGAACCAGAAACAAAAAUGAUAGACGUUUAAAAUACAUGAUAUCAUCCACCUUGUCAAAUGUAAUAGCAUGAUCAUUUCAAUUGUAAUGCCUUCUUAUCCCAACGUUACUUUGUUUCUUUGCUACAUUAGCGAACACUGAACUACUGCUCGUACUCUAGAUAUGACAAUCAACCACAAAAUUCCCUAAACCAGAUAACAUUAAACAUAAUCUAAAAAAUCAUGUGUCAAUUCACGAGUUUGCUCACAGAGCACUUUGAUUCUGUCUUAAACUCUUCCAUGUGUCAGACAUAGUUUGAUGCUACUCUGGUUUGCAGAUUAAAUGAAUGUAACCGAAGAAGUUACAAUUCAUAGACCCAAUGUUUCGACACUCCUGUCUAGUGCCUUCAUCAGGGGUGAUCUAAAUGCUGCAACAAGAGGUCCAUUUAUAUGAUCACUAAUUAGCAGCCUUUUUUCUGACGAGGUGUAAAUAGGCGUCAGGAAGCAAACCGCCGUCGUCACGAUUUAAAGGAGCGUGGGCGGAGUUUAUAUGCCAAGCCUCCAAACAAAGGCGCUGGUGGUAACACCAAUUAGUGGUGGUAAUUUUAGAAUUAUCCCACCCCAUUGUAUGGUUAGUUAGGCAUGUGUGCUCCGAUAAAGCUGAAUUUUCCUUUUUGCAAAAGAAAACCGCUUUUUUAAUGCUCUUUUAAAUGCGUACCAAACUGACGUUUGGUCUGUCCGAUGUAUUCUUCCAUGUGUCCUUGUGAAGGAUGUGUAUUUGAUAACAAUUUUUUUGUACCUAAACACAGUCUGUAAUCACAGAUCCAGGUUACAUUGACCCAAGAGUCCAAUACAAGAAAGUGCUCCAUUGUCCUGUGUAUCAUUUGAGUAAUUAAUUUUCCUCUUUGGCCAUCCUUUGAAGGUGUUGAAGAAUGAGCGUAACCAGCCAAUAUUUGGUAUCUGUAUGGGGAAUCAACUUACCGGUCUGGCAGCUGGUGCACAGACUUACAAGCUGCCACUUGGAAACAGGUAAAUUCAUUUGCCUUUUGAUCAUGUCUAAUCAUUUACUCUGUCACAUCAGUAAGCGUAGUCCCUCCAUACUGUUCUCUAUACAUUUCCUAAGGUGCUGAUUAGGAGGAUUUGUUCAACAACGAAUAACUUCAUCAAUGGGUGAUCAUUUCCUAUAUUCUUGUAACCUUAAUGUGUAAUUAAAAAGUAAUAAAGUAACGAGAAAUAAGAAGCCGAUCACUCUUAGGGGUUAAAUGGUUUAAGCGCAACCAGGUCAACUUUUGACAACUAAAAGACUCAGCGAAAUAUUCCUAUUUUUUUUUUACAGAGGACACAAUCAGCCAGUGAUUAACCAACUCAAUGGACAAGCAUUUAUAACCUCCCAGAAUCAUGGAUAUGCCAUUGAUGAGAAGACUCUUCCUUCAGAUUGGAAAUCACUGUUUAUUAAUGCCAAUGACAACACAAAUGAGGUACAAGCCAGGCUUUCGAUAACUUUUUUAUUAAACGGCUUCUGAUGGUGUUGUAGGCAAUUGUACGCCAAGGCGAAACCCAAACGAGAUCCUGCUUGCAAGCUAAACAGUCAGCAGUAAGAGAUCUUAUGGGGUACGAUAGACUGCCGGUAACCAGCUUUUACUGAAACUGCUGCCCGUGAAAACCAACACAUUAUGGAUUUACCUAUUUCUAUAUAUAUGCCUUUUUAGAAUAAGGACGAUGUAUUACGGAGUUUUGAGCUUGGUGUUGGAAAAAUAGAAAAAAAGAUUCUGUUUGCUAUGUAAUGAGCGUAGGACAAAGAAAAAAUCUGAGCACAGAAACCGAAGGUCGUGGGGAAUGAAAUUUUUUGAUGAAUGAAUGGAACUGUAGUGCUGUGUCGUCAGGGGAAAAUACAAGAUAAUUUGGUUUUAUCAGCUGAGCUGAUAAUGAAAAUUGGCCUUCGUAAAGAGUUUCUAAAGGUGACGUUUCCAGCGUCAUUUGCACUGACGAAGGGCUAACACUAAAAACGUCAGCUUUAGAAACUCUUUACAUCAUCAACUCAGUUGAUAAAAACCAAAUUAUCUAUUUAAUAUAUUAAUUUGUCACGUUAUUUAUUGAACCUUUUACUUGCAUCUUCCAUUCAUAGGGCAUCAUGCACAAGGACAAACCUAUUUUCACUGCACAGUUUCAUCCGGAGGCAUUUGGUGGACCAACAGACACAGAGGUGACCUUUGUUUGAUUCUUUACCUAAGUCUUAAGAACCAGAAUAUGUAAUUUCUUUUCCUAACUGGCCUUAAUUUCUUUGUUAUAGUUUCUGUUUGACACAUUCAUGAAUCUUGUGAAAGGUGGGAAAACAUCAGUGGACCAUGCAAUGGGGAGACCAUUUAAAGUUCCAACACCUCCUAAGGUAAGGAAUCUUCACACUAGGAUUUACCUGUUACUCAUCUAUUCAAAGCUUUGCGACUCGUAAGCCCCACCAGCCCUCUCUUUCAGUUGCUGUGGUUCAUCAUCUCAUUCCAAGAUAUCUACCCCACUUCCUUUCUCUAUUUUUCAGGUGCUGUCUAGUCUCUCCCAUUUUCUCUUUCCUUGCUGUGUCCCUGUCACCGUUUUGCUGCGGAUGUUGUUUGGACCCUGAAUCGUUAUAUGCCCAGUCGUCCUCCACCUACAGUUUUUCAUUUCUUUGCUAUUUUGUUCAGAGGAUACUUCGCAGCAAUUUUCUGUCAUCUUCUUUGUUCAUUUUCCAUCCUUUAAUGUACAACAGCUACCAAUGUUCUCCAAAUUGAACAGGUCUUCUUGCCUGAUGCGUAGAGAACAUAAAAACUCAACAAUGUAAUAAAAUCAAAUAACCGGUUAAUUUUUCAGGUGUCAAAAGUGUUAGUCUUAGGUUCUGGUGGUUUGUCCAUCGGUCAAGCUGGAGAGUUUGACUAUUCCGGAUCUCAAGCAAUAAAGGCGUUGAAGGUUUGAUAUCUGCGAAACAAUCAGAUUUCUUUUUCAAAUUAAGUUCAAUCUUGAUCUAUUUAUAGCUUACAAGCAGUCCCUCCUUGCCAGUGAAGUCUGUAACACGAGUUAAAAAAAUAAGCCUUAAAAAAUUGAGGUUAACGCGCUGUGUGAAGCUCCGACAGUAAGGUGCACAAAAAAUAGUGCGCAGCGCGCUACCAGCAAUUUUUUUUUUUUGCACUUUUUUUUUGUUUACUUGCGCGACAGACUUCGCCGAAAAGGAGGGACUUGAUUUAUUAAUUUACUUAUUUUUUUAAGUUAUUUCCUUAAGCCAAAUGGACUGAUUGCCCCAAAUUGUGAUGCAAUAUUUUGAGGAUGGUUCGUUCGCAGUGAUUGAUGAGUUGAACAUUGUACACUAUGGGUAAUGUUUCAUUUAUUCAUGUCUGUUGUAGGAAGAAAAUAUGAAGACUGUUCUGAUGAAUCCUAACAUCGCCUCAGUUCAAACUAAUGCAGAAGGAGAGAAGCAGGUACAAAAUUGUUUGCUUUCAUCAUCGUUCUUUUCGUGAGCUGGCCAACUACAAUCACUUACUGUUAACAGUUUGAACCACACUACGGAAAUGCGGUAGUUUUACAGUAAAUCCUAGUAUGUCAUAAUUGGAACUACAACGGUUAACUCAUUUCAACUCAUUUCCACUAGAGUUCGCACGCAGCAACACACUUAAAUUGCAUUCUUGUUUUUGUCCCAGGCAGAUGUGGUGUACUUUGUGCCCAUAACUGAACAGUUUGUUGAAGAUGUCAUAAGGCGUGAAAGACCAGAUGGAAUUUUGUUGUCGAUGGGCGGUCAAACAGCCUUAAACUGCGGUAUGAUCGGAAAUUAUUAAUUUACACUUGUGUACUUCCUAUCCUGUAGAUGUCACUUUAAAGAAAAAUGCUUAACCCAUUAGACCCUAAUAUCAGUAUCCAGAUUCUCCACACUCUUUGCUAUACAUUUGCUUUGGUAAUGACAAGGAGAAUUUUGUUUAACAACCAAAUCUUCUUAGGUUGGCGAUCAUUUCCUUUAUUCUCGUGAUCGUAAUGAAUGAUUUAGUAGUAUGUCUGUUAGGAGAAAUUAGAUGCUGGUCACUCUUAGGGUUUAAAGGGUUAAAUUGUCUCUUUUUCUGUUAUCGGUUUUUCAGGAGUUGAGCUGUAUGACAAGGGAGUAUUGAAGAGAUAUGGUGUUGAGGUAUGAAAUCUUUUUACUUUUAUGCUUGAACUGUAGAACAUUAUUGAUAAGGAUAAGCUUAAAAUCAAGGUAUCUUUUCAAAUUUCAUAAGUUGUAUGGGUUCUUUAACGUCCCGUGCUAAUCAGAACAGAGGAGAUGCAGGAGGCGGGAACUACAGUUUAUCGUCCCUAUCCGAGAAGACUGGCACGUCUAACCAUUUGCGGAUCCCUUAGCAAAGGCGGAACAUUCCCUUCAGUUAUCCCAGCAUUUACAGUAGAGUUUUAUUAGUCAAUUUUUCUGUAUCACACACAUUCAAGCAGCUUUCCCUAGCAGUGAAGUGCGUGUUUAAACAUUUUGCAUUUUCAGGUGCUUGGAACACCGAUAGAGUCAGUCAAAGCCACAGAAGACAGACAAAUUUUUUCAGACAAACUCACAGAGAUUGGAGAGAAGAUAGCACCUAGCGUCGCAGUGGAAACGGUAGGUCUUCUUAUCAAGUCACUCGACCUUAAUCAGCGCAGUUGUCAAAUCGUCAUUUAUUGCCCCCACCAGGAGUAAUCUCACCUGAAUUGUCGCAAUAUAUGAUUGUGUUCUCACUUUUGGUAACAUUUUUUUUUAGUACUUCUUAUCUUAAAAAAUAUAUUGUACCCUUAAAUGUUUUGAGACGUAUGUUAUCUGUUGCAGGAAGAGUCGGCUGUAAAGGCUGCCAAGAACAUUGGUUUUCCUGUCAUGGUUCGAGCUGCGUAUGCUCUUGGAGGACUGGGAUCCGGCUUGUGUGAAAAUGAAGAGAAACUGAGAGAAGUCGCAAGACAGGUGAUUUGGAUAAAUUGAAACUUGUCAGUACUACAAGCUUGACAAUGAAUAACCCGUUUAAAAAGAUUUAGACAAACACUGAUUUGUUUUGCCUUUGUAUUUGUUAUGAUUGAUCUGUUUUAUUUCACCUUUCCUUUCCCUGUUAAAAUUAGGAUAGAAAAAAGGUUUUUAAUAUUUUUAUUCUACGUAUAUGGAUGGGGUACUGUAUGUUCAAACGCGGUUCAUAAAAUACUGCGGGCUUAUACAAUAGAGCAGAGCAUUCCCUUGUUAAGUACAGGUGGAUAUCCGUAGCUAUUUCUGGGAUAUAUACCCCUCGAGAAGAUAAAAUAACUGUGAUUAUAUGAAAAUCAUGUAGGUGAACUGCGGAUUCAGAAGUAAAUUUGAAAGUGAUAUUCGCCGUAAUGAACACUACUUAAGCUUAGGUAAAAAUAAGGCCUUAAGAAAAUUCAGGCCUGUACCGGAUUUGAACCCAUGACCUCUACGAUACCAGUGCAGUGCUGUACCAACUGAGGUAACAAGCCAACUGGGAGCUGGUCAUUAUGUUAGUUACAAGUAAACCCGUGAAGUGAUGAAUAAAUAACAGUGAAUAUAUGAAAAUCAUAUAUGUUAACUGCGGAUUAAGAAAUGAAUUGGAAAGCGAUCUUCGCGGUGUUGAACACUACUUAAGCACUUCAGACCUUUGGAUGGCUAACUCACCACAGAGUUAACUGUAGCUCAAUGGUAAAAGAUCAGAGGUCUGAGGCUCGAUUCCACGCAGGGGUUUAUACUUUUCCUCCGGUCCACGUCUGUGACUAGGUGAAGAAACAUUGUUUUUCAUGAAUCAACGUAGCGUUUUUGUUGUUUCCAGGCACUCAAGCUAUCAAAUCAGAUACUUAUUGAGAAAUCACUGUUGGGUUGGAAAGAAAUUGAGUAUGAAGUCGUCAGGGAUGCCGCUGAUAAUUGCAUCACUGUAUGUAACAUGGAGAAUUUUGAUCCUUUAGGAGUUCACACAGGUACAGUGUACGUGUAUAACGCUAGUUAUGACGAGAAUGUAUACAACGCUGAUUCGCAGGGCUUCCGGAGAUUACAUUAAUUUCUGCAGCAUUAAGCACUUGGGGAUAUUGUUACAUCUCCUGAUUGGGAUAUUAGUCCAAUGUAGGUUAUCUUUACACCUCACCAUUUUUUCCCUGACAAUUUGCCGGUAUCUACCUAUACUCUCCGUUAGAGAGAGGUCUAUUAUAAAAUAUUGAAGUUAUGAACAUAUACAUAUAUAUUUUUUUUGUGUGUGUCAGGUGACUCUGUGGUUGUGGCCCCAAGUCAAACUCUGUCAAAUGAGGAAUAUCACAUGCUGCGGGAAACAGCACUUAAGGUUUCAUUCCUUUCUUUACUCUUUUAAAUUAAAAUUCUCAAAUGUAAUUUGCUUCAAUAACUUGAGUGACUGGCCGAUGUGAUUUACUAUCAGUUAAUCCUUCAUGUGGGAUGCCCUUAUGAUCUUAAAUUGAUGCUUUUUGUUGUAGGUUGUACGCCAUCUUGGUAUUAUUGGUGAAUGUAACAUACAAUAUGCUCUGCACCCAAAGUCUCUGGAGUACUGUAUAAUUGAAGUCAAUGCCCGUUUGUCCAGAAGCUCUGCCCUCGCAUCAAAAGCUACCGGGUAAAUGUUAGGUAGACUUAGCCAAGCCUAAAAGUAGACGUCCAAAUUGCUUAUCUUACGUGGUUUAGUGCACAGAGUUACGUCGGUAAGGUGACAAAAAAAACAUUUUGCGGCCUGAGCGGUUAUGUUAUUUUUCUUGUGUAUUGGGCUCCGCUCGCGCGCAUGUAGUAGCCGCCUUAAUUGUAACACGCAAAAUUGUUUUAAACCAAAACCAAAAAAAGAAUCACAAGACCAUUCAGUACAAACAGAAAUGUUGCAAAUAGCCAGUGGCAACUCGAGGUGAAAAAGCUCAGACUGCUUGAAGCGUGAUUUUAGCUUGCAUUUGAUUGUUUGAGAGUAUAGGGCAAGUUUUUUACACCAAUCACAGAAAAAAAUUGAAGGAAAAGCGAAAAUUGCAUUUGACCUCAACUGAAACCUCCUCCAAGUCUUUAAUCUCCCUUAACCCCUAAAAUUGCUGGUGUGAAUAUCAUCAUUCUUCCUGAAUGUUUCGUGUUAUUAAUAUCUUGCAGAUAUCCUCUGGCAUUCAUCGCAGCCAAGCUCGCACUUGGAAUACAACUUCCUGACAUCAAGAACUCUACAACAGAGCAAACAACGGCUUGUUUUGAGCCAAGCCUCGAUUACAUUGUCACCAAGGUUCAAUUCUCACUUUAUGGCUACAUUGAUGUGGCAUAUUUGGAAGAAAAAACUCUUUGAAAACUCCUUUAUUUGUGCUUACUUCCUCCGUAUCACGUUUCAACUGGUUCAGAUUUGUUAAAUCAAACGCAAACUAUAAAAUUUAUAGGUUAAACCUUAGCUUAGAAAUAUUUUUCCUAUUCAUAGCAAGUUUAAUGAUUUCCCUUUACUCACCAACCGCUGAAAAGCAGAGACCAAAAGGCAAAUUUUUACUGUUCGCAUAAACGGCGUUCUUUUCUCUCUGUUCUCAAGGUGGAAGUUCAAGGAAAAAACACCGAAACAACUGUGAUUUUAUUAUGCUUUUCGUUCAUAGAAAUUCCCACUUAACUCUUUUUCAUCCCAAUUUUCUUCUCUACUGGGAAUUACAAUAAAAACUAACGUGUAAAACAGACAAUGAAAUGGGGUUCCAUUUUAAAGACACAUUCUGUACUUGACAAAAUGCAAAUAAUAUUCAUUGAGGAGACGUGCACUCACUUACAGCCCACCAGAAUGACUCGAAAUAGUAUUGUCAACCUUUUAAGUCAAUGAAUAGAAUUGCUUUCGCCACGAAAAGCCGUCAACAACAAGGCAAUUAAUUCUUGUGUCCUUUUAUCAAUUACAGAUUCCUAGAUGGGACUUAGACAGAUUUCAUAUGACUUCCAAACAGAUCGGCAGUUCGAUGAAAAGUGUUGGAGAGGUAAGAAUCCCUCUUUGACUGAAGAAUGUGUUAAUAAGCGAAAUUUGUCAAAUUCAGACAACUACUUUCAGAUCUUGAAUAAAAGGGUUAGUUUUCAUGGAUUUGGUGAUAUUGAGAACUAUUUGUUAUAGAAAUCCAUUCAGGUAAGUUUCUAUCUCUUAAUCUUGUAGUUUUUUUGGUCUCUAACUUUCUUUUCGGCUGGUUUAGUAAAGACUCUUCGUAGAGGGACUAUGGAAACAGCGCAAUAUCACAUUUUCUUCAAUAUAUAGAUGAGGCCAUUUUUAAAACAGAGCUCUGAUUAAACAAUUCUACAAUAUUCAAGUUUGCAAAUUUUGCAAAGGUAAUUUAUUGAGUGCACUGUGCUUUUCGUAUGGCCUUCCUCCUAAGGUUUGGGAACACCGUUAGAUGGUUAUAAGCGGACUUGAUUUCAGAACUGAAUUUUGAGUACGUUUUUUGCCAGGUUAUGGCGAUCGGUCGAACAUUUGAGGAGAGCUUUCAGAAAGCUUUGCGUAUGGUGCAUCCCUCAGUGGAUGGUUUUGUGUCCAAGGUAAGUGCUAUUACAGAAUUUUGACACGUUGAGGUCUUUAUAUUUCAAGUCACUCCUAGAUGCUCAAAAUUACCUUGAACCUGAAGGAGAAUACAAAAUUUUUUAGCCUUGAAGACUUGAAACGACGGGUUAGCGGUUUCAUGGCUCCGUACCAGAUUUCCUCGGUCUUGAUGGUGGUGAACGAGUUGCCACAAAGGCGGUAAAAAUAAAGCAAUAAGAGGCAAAGAUGGCUAAGGACUAACACGAAAUUCUCGUAACUGAUUUACAUGGAAAUGUGUAACAGAGAGGAGAACUGACAAUCAGAUCUUGGAAGUUAACGGAUUAAAACGGAAUGCAAUCGAGGGAGUUGAAAACUUUAGCCGAUGAACAUUUCUAACUAAUAUCUGUACGAGUAACCUGCGUGUUUGUUCUUUGUUGUAGCUUCCCAGUAUGCAUCAGGAGUUGACAGACGGCAAACUUGAAGAUGAGCUAGUUGUUCCAUCAAACACAAGAGUAUACUCCAUCGCUAAGGUGAUGAAAGCACUCUCCUUUAGUUGAAAGGCGGGGACACUUUACACCACAAGUCACUGCUAAUCCGAUUUUAUCGAAGCGAUCAUACCCACAGGUUCAGACCAAUUUUAAUUUGAACAAGAUUUUUUCAGGAAACACGACACAACAUAGAAAAACUUCGGUCUUAUUCGUACAGCUUGCCACAGUACGCCAUUUCUGGCCCAGUUCCAUGCUCCUCCUCCUUCCCCGCCCCAGUCCCCAGAUGCAAUGAAAAGGAUCAAUGUCAGUAUCUAAGCAACUGUGUACCUACCCUUCUCCUAACCCAACAACAGCAACUUAUAACAAGUUAGGGUUAAUGUUGCGUUAGGGGAGGGGUAGGUGCAGUUGCUCAUAUACUGAUAUUGUUCCAAAAAAUUGUGGAAAGAUUAGAAAAACUUAUGGAAAGAUGUCCAAGUCACAUGAAGCGAAUUUUUUCUGCGACCUGUUUCUGCAUCGCCCUCUAAUAAGAGCCGUCCUCGUGUAGUCGCUCUCGCAGCGUUUUUUCUUUUUUUUUUGGUCAUGUCUCUCGAGAGAAGUUAAACAGGGGGUGUGAUUGAUUUCCUUUGAAUUGACAUGGAACAUUGGUAAACCUGACAAACCUGUUGCUUUUCAUCUCCAGGCGCUUCACCAGAACUACACAGUGGAUCAAAUACACGAACUGACAAGCAUUGAUCACUGGUUCUUGCACAAAUUGGAUCGUAUUGUGGAAAUAGAGAAAGAUCUAAAGAAUCAGCAACUGUAAGCUAUCUAAUUCUUCGUUUAAACUCUUUGACCCCUGAGAGCAAGUGACCGACAUCUUAUUUCUCCUUACACAAUCACCCCUGAAUGAAACAUUUAGGUCACAAGAAUUAAGAAAAUUAUCACCAACUUAAGAAGCUCUUGAUUGUUAAACCGUAAAUUCUCUUUUUCAGCACCUUAGGGAAUGUAUAGAACAGUUUGGAGAAUAUGCAUGCUGAUAUUAGGGUGUAAAGGGUUUAUGUGACCUUGAUGUAAGUUAUAGGCUUCUUAACCAGUUUGUUUCAUUUUUAGGGGAUCUUUGCAGCGAGACGAUUUGUUGGAAGCCAAACAAGCUGGUUUUUCUGACAGACAGCUCGCAAGACUGAUCGGUGUGCCAGAAAACGAUAUGAGAAACGAAAGACUUAAACAAGGUGUGAGGCCUUGGGUUAAACAGGUACGUAAUCUGCUCAACUGGUAUAAAUAAAUGUAAACGUCGUCAAGCGCAGGAAAAUGCAAUUUACCGGGUGCGAUUGGUUUAAGUUAAUUGGUCGGGAGGGUGACGCGCGUCUUCUCGACCAAUCAUAGAGCCGAUGAAGCAAAACCAUUGCAAUUCCAAAUCACGUUCGACACUAAAUUAAGAAAUAUGCCGCAGCUGUUAGUGACUUAAAGUUUGCUUGUACUUGUUUAACAGAUCGACACAAUGGCGGCCGAGUAUCCAGCCAAGACGAACUAUCUGUACAUGACGUACAAUGGCAAUGAAAAUGACCUGUUGUUUAACGACAAAGGUGUCAUGGUGCUCGGGUGUGGCCCGUAUCAUAUCGGCAGCAGUGUCGAGUUUGACUGGUGUGCGGUGUCUUGCAUCAGGACUCUGAGAAACCUGGGAAUCAAAACGGUAGGUGUAUAUUAAGUGUGAACUCGUGGUUGAUUGGUUUGUGAAGAAAUGAAACAUUUUGCGCGAUUUUGGUUGACCUGACGUUUAGAGCGCUAAACUCCCGCAGAUGGUAUAUGGAGGUUUCGCCUGAAUGUGAGCUCUCUCCCUACCGGUUCGCCUCUGUCACCUCGAAUUCGCCCCAUCAGUACAGUGAACUUGCAGAGGGGCGAAACCUCUAAAAACCGACCCUAACUAGCCCUGACUGAGGUCACAGAUACAAAUAUACUUUGCCAUUAUCAGGUUGUAGUGAAUCACAACCCAGAGACUGUCAGCACAGAUUAUGAUGAAUGUGAUCGCCUAUACUUUGAGGAACUUUCCCUCGAAAGAGUCUUAGAUAUUUACCAGCAGGAGGUAAGUCUUUUGAGGUGGUAAAUAUACAACAAAUGGAAAGAUUAUGAAGGGUUGUAAAGACUGUUUUAAAAUAACAACGAAUCACAGAUCUAGUUCGCGACAGUGCCAAAUAACGCCAUGAACUAAUCAGAUUUGGAAGCUCGGGAAACAUAUGAAUUUUUUCUCAGCGUCAAAGGCAUAUGAACAAGGCGAGUUUUUGAUAUACUUGGUAGUGACAGAUUGGGGGAGGGAAUUGUGGUCGGUUGUAUAACCGAUGUUACGCGCGGAAAUUGGUAACCUGCUGAGAGGGCGGGAAACUGCGCGCGGGAAAAGGGAACCAAGUGGUUUCGGCGGGAAAAUUAUGAUAGAUAUUUAGUGCGGGAAUGGAGAGUCGGCCGGGAAAUGAAGAAUCGAUCACACGCGUAGGAAAUAAAAACAAAGUGGUAAAAGCUGAGGGUACAGAGUCGUUAGUACGAGUGAGAUAUGGGCAAACGGCUGUGGGAGCGGGAAAGUGCUGAGUAGAUGAAACGCGCAGGAAUAUGAAAACCCAACGGUGGCUAGUUCAAUUACCAAGGAUUUAGUUUCCCUUUCUCGUAUCUAACAGGUUUGUAAUGGUGCUGUGAUCUCAGUUGGUGGACAAAUCCCCAAUAACCUAGCGCUCCCCUUGUACAUGAAUGGUGUUAAUGUCCUUGGUACCUCUCCCCUGAUGAUAGACGCGGCUGAAGAAAGGUAAGACGUGAUUCACGAUUGGUGGAAAAGAGUUGUGCUCUGAUCAAUCUCGCUCACAGGACUUUUUAAUUUCUCGUAGAUCUCGCUUCUCUGCAACUCUUGACGAGAUUGGAGUUGGCCAAGCGCCUUGGAGAGCCGUUUCUUCCGUGGUGAGUAGCCGUUUUUGUGAGAAAAGGGGUAAGUUUCUAAAGAAACUGUGGUGCUGCGUCGGUGGGAGAGUAUAGCAGGUAAUUUAGUGUUAACAACUGGGUUGAAAACGUAAAUUAGCCACCGUAAAGGGUAAAAAAGCUGACGUUUCGAGCGUUAGCCCUUCGCCAGAGCGACUGAACGUUUUUGUGAGAGCUUUUCAGAUCACUGUCGUAACGUUGAAAAUUUUAAUUUGUAACUUGGAAAUUAAAUGAAAUUUUACUCCAUUGUUUGUUUAUUUAUUUGUUUUAUUAUUGUUGUUGUUGUUUUAGGAUGACGCGUUGAAUUUUGCUGCCACCGUUGGGUACCCAUGUCUUCUCAGACCUUCUUACGUCUUGAGGUAAAGAACAUAAUAAAACUGUUUGUCGCGAAGUGAAAACCUUACGUGUGAUUAUAAUAACUAAAUAUAAUAAUGGCCAAGACGAAUUAUGAUGGAAAGUUUGAUUGGGGCCGUGAAAAGACUGGUAACGUAAAAAAUGGAAUGGGGGAAAGCGCGGGAAAGGGUACGCUGAUGGGUAGCACGUGAUAUGUCACGUGACGUGACUUGAUAUUAGACUCUUAUUGGCUGAAAAUAAUAGAGGGUUUUUGUUUGUUUCCUUUCUGUGCAGUGGCUCAGCCAUGAACGUAGCUUACGGUCCAGUUGAACUGAAAAAGUUUUUACAAGAGGCUGCCAGGGUGUCACAGGUAAGUUCGCUUUUUUUAAUUUUCUGUGGUGUUAGUGGGAAUUUCUCCAGAUUUGUCUUUCUGUUUUGAAUUCAGGACCAUCCUGUUGUGAUGACGAAAUUCAUCGAGGGCGCUCGGGAAAUCGAAAUGGAUGCUGUAGCUAAGAAUGGAAAGGUUGGUGUAGUUCCCUUUAAGUGAGUCUCGUUCAAGGAAAAUUUUAUCGCAAUAUUGGAUUAUUCAUAGUUUCUUGAUACUGAUGCGUUGCCCAUGUGGUUCUUUGCCCCAGGUCGUCGCCCAUGCUAUUUCUGAGCACGUGGAGAAUGCUGGCGUCCAUUCAGGGGAUGCCACCCUCAUCUUGCCUCCACAGACAAUCAGUGAAGAAGACAUCGCCCAGGUCAGAGAACCUUACAAUGUGCUGUUUGAUGAAUAGAUUCCAUGUUAUCGAGCGUCUGUUCAGUAACAGAUUAGAGAAGAUGUCAAAAUGUGGUUAAAACAAAAAAGUGGCACAAGAGGAAGCCACUGAUGUUCUUAUAACGUUUUGGAAUCCUCUGUGAUCUAUCACUGAACUGACCCACGGGAACAUGGAGUCUAUUUGUUUCUUAAAAUGAAGAGGCAAAGUGUUGCUAAUGGUGACUUCGUCUGUGCGUCUGUCCCUCAAUGGGUUAUGAGUGGGGACCAAUCAAAAUGUAUAAUACUUGAAUAACUUUGAGAACGGGAACCCUCAAUCAAUCUAACUAUGUGCGUGGGGCUUAGCACGUGCUUCCACGUGCUGCACGAGUCGUCACGUGCUGCACGAGUUAUAAGUAGCUGAUUAACAAUAAAGUUGCCUUACCUUUCGUUUGGGUGUAGUUAGGUUUGUGUGAUCACCUAUCCGUUAGGGCCUUUUUCUUUCUGUUGCACCGUACUCAGUAGAGAAAUUUCUUAAGGGUGUUCUUCUCUCUUUUGCGGCAAUAAAUCGUUUACAAACGUCGCACAACGAUAGACGUGGAAAGUCAUCUGGUUUUAGAGCUGGAGGGUUUGAAGCAUCUUGUUUCAGUAACACAUUGUUAAAACAUUUUAACAGGUAAAAGAAGCAACCAGGAAGAUUGCCGAAAAGUUCAACAUUUCGGGUCCGUUCAACACGCAGUUUUUAGCCAAAGAUAAUGAAAUCAUGGUAAGAUGAUUGAUGUUUUUAUAUACUAGACAAGGGUGCUAAGGUACUUCUUAUCUUCAAUGAAUUAGGUACAUCAUUCUUCUCUUGAAUUCUUAUUGAAAACGUUUUUAUGUUGAUCAGUUACGACUAUUUUUUUUAUUUUUUGUUCUCAUUGAAAAACCAGUCUCUAUUUUACGCUAAAACACUACUGUUUUAUCUACUGUUUUUUUUAGUUAUCCUUACCGGUCAGUUCUGAUCUGAUGUCUCUCAAUCCAAUAAAUUGUAUUCUCUUUAAGAUAAGCCUUGCUUGGGCUUGGUAAUCUGGGCAGGGGCUACCCCAGGGGUAUCUAUACAUCGGGUUCCUAGGGGUACCGGUAUGCAAGGUAUCUUUUUUUUUUACUCUCCCAACCCGUCAGGUACUGUGGGCAACAGCUACCUGAGGGGUAUCUAUAAUACUAGGUUUUCAAUGACUUACAUUUGAGAUUUUCCUCACACUCGAACAGGUAAUCUAGACAAAGGCUACCCGAGGGAAAUGCGAGGCUGUCAUGUGAUUGAGUGCAAUCUAUGCGCUUUUCGUUCCUCUCUGGGUAACGCCUACCCCAGGGGUAUCUAGAAUGCGGGGCUACCAGUGAUACCGAAACGUAACUUGCUUUAUGUAUUUUCCUAUUCCCGUCUGCCAGGUGAUUGAGUGCAAUCUACGUGCUUCUCGUUCCUUUCCUUUCGUAUCCAAAACAGUCGGCACAGACUUCAUCACUGUGGCUACAAAGAUAAUGGUGAACCAUCCUCUUGAUGAGCACGCGUUACCUGAUCUGACCACGCCCUUGCAGCCAGUCGGAUAUGUUGGCAUCAAGGUUUGUUCAUUUUUAAUCGGCGAAAAAACAAAUAAAUGGAUGAAUGGAUGGAGAUGAACAAAAUGAUCCUCCCUCCAUUCCCCCUAAAAACCAUGUGAUCCACUUUCCCCCUUUGACCCGAUAAAUAAUGCUGUGUCUCGGCGAUCAGAUAUUUUCAUUUUCUCACACUCGUGACUAAACCACUGAUACUUAGUGUGAUAAUUGUCCGUGUUUAGGCACCAAUGUUUUCAUGGCCGAGGCUUCGUGAUGCUGAUCCGCUUUUGAGAUGCGAGAUGGCGUCAACUGGAGAGGUGAGACAACAUCAAUAAAGAAAAUAUGGAAGAUUGAACUUUUUUCAUUUAAGAAUUAAUAGUAUUACAGGAUCGCAUUGGUUUUGAUUUCAUGCGCCGUGUUGUUCGUUUCGGAAAACCUGCGCCAUCAUCUCAAGCAAUCAAAUUCAAAAACUUAAGCCAAUCACGACUUCUUCCCUCGCAUUUUCCCGCGCUUCAGGCAGUUUGUUUGUCUUCACUUUGAGUUCUUAAUGGUUUUUAUUUACCACGCCAUGUCAUUUGUCUAAAAAACCUGCGCUAACUUCUCAUCCAAAGCGAAAGCCAAUUGCGACUUGGUCCCUCGCGUUCUCAGGCAGUUUGCUUGUUUUCACUUUGAGUUCUUAAUGGUUUUUAUUAACCACGCCAUGUCAUUUGUCUAAAAAACCUGCGCUUACUUCUCAUCCAAAGCGAAAGCCAAUUGCGACUUGGUCCCUCGCGUCCUCCCGCGCUUCAGGCAGUUGCAUGUUUUCACUUUGAGUUCUCAUUGGCUCAUUGUGGUAUUUCCUUUGUUCUGAUUGGCCGUUGUGAAUUCUUUGAUUUAGGUUUUACGUGAGUCAAUCACAUAGGGAUGUUUACGUGAUUUUAACGUGUUUGUGCCAUAAAGAAAUUGUAAAUUAAUGCUGUUUCGUAAUACGUUUACAUUUGACGAUUAACAGGUGGCUUGUUUUGGAUCCACUGCCAAUUCAGCGUUUCUCAAGGCUUUGAUGUCAACUGGCUUCCGUCUGCCUAAGAAAGGCAUUCUGAUUGGUAUUCAGGUAAGAUGAUUGACAGAGUAACUGUUAGUAACCCAUCUUAAGAUUCCAGAUGCCGGGUUGUAUGUAGUGGUGACCGUGCCAGACUCCGUAAUGAAGGGUCUGGGUUCGAACCUUGGUCGGGUCAAAGUGAAACUUAAAGCCACUGACUCACGUGGCGAUUUAACUCGCCGAUCGCGGCGAAUAUGAAUCGCGAAGUCGAUCGGCGAAAAUCGCUGAUUUCUGAUAUGCCAGAUAUUGGCGAUUCUAUACGCCGAUCGUAACGAUUGGCGAAAAUCACAAUCUUUUAGGAUGAGGCGCGAUUAUGAAGAAUUUUGAGUAAAACCUUUAUGCUUCUUUCUUUGUUUUCUGAACAGCAAUCCUUGCAGCCAAAGUUUCUUCCAACAGCCAACAAGCUUCGCCAACUGGGAUUCACUUUAUACGCAACAGAAGCUACGGCGCAGUAUUUGAACGAACACAAUAUUCCGGCGCAACCCGUAGAAUGGCCUCUACACAGCGUUGGUGUAAACCCGACUGCUACAAGGUUAGAAUUUUGCUCGGCGCGCUGAUGUUGUUGUGGGCGCGCUGAUGUUGUUGUGGGGUAUUAUCUGCCUAGUUUUCCCUAUUCGUCAUAUUCAUAACGAUAACUUCUUCCGCGGCAAAGGACUUUUGCGUUUGCGGUAAAUUUUCGCUGUAGAAAGUCUAUAUCAGAAAGCUUUUUCCUUUUCGUACAAAAUCUUCUAAGAAUCAAGCCGCACGGAAAAAGUCGGACACUCUGUUCCGUCGGUAAAGAACGAAUAUAGGGGAUGUGUCCUUGAUGUGUGAGCAUGUCCCAUUGUGUGUCCACCUGAUAGGCGCGCGUCCCCCAUGGGAUGUCCACUUGAUCUGCGCGCAGCCCCAAUGGGAUGUCCACGCUAUUUGUGCGCAUCCCCCAUAGGAUGUCCCGGUGAUCGGUGUGCAUCCCACGACAUGAGCACGUGAUCAAAAUUCAUGAUACAGAAUUGUUUACAAAAGCAAAUCAAUUCUUACAGGUGAACUGUGAAUGAAGAAAUGACAGAAUUUGAAGCCAGAAACGUGCUGGUUUCGAUGCAUUUCGAGCCUUUGCCUCCAAAAUAUUGUUUUGAGUGUUAAAAUUUUUCAGCUCUCACUGUUGUUGUUUCGUUGCAGACUGAUUCAAGAUAAAGAUGUAGACCUGGUGGUGAAUUUGCCAAAUCAGAACACCAAGUACAUCAAAGAUAACUACCUCAUCCGUAGAUCGUCCAUCGACUGUGGAGUCCCACUUAUCACUAACUUGGAGGUAUAUUCACAUUCGGUUAAAAUCUUAUGAUAAACUGGGACCCUAAGUAAAAACCACCACGGCGACGGCAACAAGAACGUGGGGAAUCAAAGUAUUUAACUAGCAGAACGAUAGCUCAGCACGUGCGUUUUAAAACUUUGUACAUUUUUGGCCGUUCGCUGCGGAACAGCAACCUGAAACAAAGAAAAUUCGCGUGGAAUUCCCGAUGUUUCUAUUUGGAACUAAACGCUGCUUACUUAUGUUUAACUGUUUUCUCUUUUCUAUUUAGGUCGUGAAGAUGUUUGCCGAAGCUCUUUCAGAAACCGGCCGCAAAAUCGAUGCCACAUCACUCUUCCACUACCAGAAGUCCUCCCAAAGAAAAGCAACGCCUUGAAACGGUUGUCAGGCAACUCAAAAAGUGCCCCUUUACCCCCCCCAGACAGUUUACUAAAGAUGAGAGGCUCACUCGUGUGGACUUAAUAUAAUUUGUGCGAGAAAAAAAGGGAAUAUUUUUUACCGAGAAACGGUAGUAUUCAAUAACAGUGUGUUCAGACAAACAUUCGUGUAGAUUGUAAACUAGUAUAUAUUUAAAAUAAAAGUAGACAAGACACGUAAUUUAGUGUGUUUUGCGUAUGAUAGAUUUUAAUUUGCGGUUUGUUUGUUGCGUAUGACUUCGAUAGUUUCUCAAGUCAACGUCGUGCAAAAUACGAAACAGGCAGAUUACUGCUAAUUGCGUAGUGGACUAUAUGAAAUUUCCGCACAAGAAAUUUAAAAUUUAUUAUCGAAAUAAAAUGAGAGUG